AUGGUAGUCAAUCUCGUUUCCCAGGUCUCCAAUGUCCAGUAUGGUAACCACCAGUUACAGAGGGAGAGAGAGGGAAUAAGAAGAAAAGGGGUGGGCCACUUCUUGCGGGAGAACCUCAAGGCCAGCACGGAAGUUGGUGACACGGCAAAGCAAUAUCUAGAAAAAGGUCUUCUGGUCCCUGAUCAUGUGAUCACACGCCUCAUGGUGUCAGAACUGGAGACCCGGAGCUCACAACACUGGCUUCUAGAUGGCUUCCCGAGGACAUUAGCACAGGCAGAAGCCUUGGACAGAAUCUGUGAUGUGGACCUAGUGGUCAGUUUGAAUAUUCCCUUUGAGACACUUAAAGACCGUCUGAGCCGACGAUGGAUUCACCCUUCUAGCGGGAGGGUCUAUAAUCUGGACUUCAACCCCGCUCAAGUGCUGGGGAUUGAUGACAUCACUGGCGAGCCACUUGCCCAACAGGAAGAUGAUAAACCUGAAGCAGUUGCUGCCAAGCUACGACGAUACAAGGAUGCCGCAAAACCAGUCAUCGAACUGUACAAGAGCCGAGGGGUGCUCCACCAGUUGUCUGGGACGGAGACUAACAAAAUAUGGCCUUAUGUUUACACACUUUUCUCAAACAAGAUCACACCUAUUCAGUCCAAAGGCGCAUACUGAGCCUGCCAUCGGAAGAACCAAGAAGACA